AUGGCAGAAAGCAUGGAGGCACAUAAGUUCAAAGUCAUCAUUGUUGGGGGGUCUAUCGCUGGGUUGACAUUAGCCCAUUCCUUGUCCAAGGCCAAUAUCGACCAUAUCGUUAUUGAAAAGCGAGCGGAAAUUGCUCCCCAGGAAGGAGCCUUUAUUGGAGUCUGGCCUAAUGGAGCACAAAUACUUGAUCAACUUGGUCUCUACAAAAGUCUGGAAAAGCUCACUGCGCCGAUAAAUCGCAUGCAUCUUUCCUUCCCUGACGACUAUUCAUUUAGCAGUUUCCUGCCUAAGGCAAUUCACGAAAGAUUCAAGUACCCCAUCGUCUCACUCGACCGACAAAAGGUUCUUGAAAUUUUAUUUCAGAACUACCCCGACAAGUCAAAUAUCAUCACCAACCAGAGGGUAUCCGAAGUGCGACUGCUGGGCGACAGUGCAAGCGUGGUGACAGAGGAUGGAAGUGUAUUCCGAGGAGACCUGAUUGUCGGUGCGGACGGUGUCCACAGUCGUAUACGCUCCGAAAUGUGGCGACUGGCAGAUGAACUAUAUCCUGGAAUGAUCACACCCCAAGAAAGGGAAACUCUUACGGUUGAGUAUGCAUGUGUCUUUGGGAUAUCGCGACCAAUACCCGGACUUCGAAGCGGAGAGCAUAUAAACCAUUACGGCGACAAGUUCUGCGUGAUUACGUUCCACGGAAAGGAUGGUCGGGUGUUUUGGUUCAUCAUUCAAAAAUUGGACCGUGUCUACACUUAUCCCAAUGCUCCUCGGUAUUCUCCCAAUGACGCAGCGGAUCUCUGUGGCAAGAUGCAAAACGUGGUAAUAUGGCGGGAUAUUACCGUGGGUGACCUCUGGAAGACCAAGGUGGUAGCGUCGAUGACGGCACUUGAGGAAGGGAUUUUUAAAACCUGGAGCUUGAAUCGGAUAGUUAUCCUUGGAGAUAGCGUACACAAGAUGACACCGAAUAUUGGACAAGGAGCAAACACAGCAAUUGAAGAUGUUGCCGUCCUCGCGUCUCUGAUAAAUCGGAUGAUUCACGCGGAUGACUUGCACAAGCCUUCGGAGAGUUGCAUCGAGACAAUGCUCCAGGAAUACAAGACUCUACGAUAUGAACCUGCGAAAAGUACCUACCAGCGGUCAAGGUUUGGAGCUCGGUUCCAUACCCGAGACAACUGGCUCAAGGCCCUGGUGGGUCGAUAUGUGUUCCAAUAUGUUGGUGGUCUCAUAGAGAACCGGACGGUCAAGACUCUGGCUGGCGGGAACACUAUUGAUUUUCUUCCACGGCCGGAGCGGCUGGAGGCUGGGAGUGUGGCACAACUUCCCAAAGGUCAAGACAGUCCUCAGCGGCAGUGGACGCUACUCUGGGUGUCUUCUCUGGCUCUAUUCUUGUUUUUCCCUUGGCUUGGAUCGUAUCUGCAUUCGACCAUCUCGUGA